AUGGAUACUCCGUGUAAAAUUUACUUCGAGUGUGUAAAGUGUAGGCGCCAGGGGGAGGCUUUCUUCGUGGGGCUCUCCGUUCUUCAGUUGACUCAGUUGUUCCACGGUUGGAUUCCGAGGAGCGGGCAGCUCCACGCCGACCCCUCGCCGAGGUUUUGCGGCCAUUGCAGCUACUCGGCGCCUCUAUUCAUCAUGAGGGCAGUUAUCUGGAGCCGGGCGAUAGGGGCAUUUGUGAAUGUCUCCGCGGAGUGUUUGGCACCUGCCGUGCCUCAGCCUCAGCCACAGCCACGACUUGAAUAA